GUUGGGUGUUCGUUAUACUUGAUCAGAUUAUUAUUUUUUUAAAUUCAAUUUUAAUUUUAUUUUUGAAAUAUUAUUUUUGUUUUAAAUUAGUGGUUAAAUUUCGUCGAUUAUAUAAAUUCAACAAUGACUGUUCCAAAGGAUUUUGAAUGCCCUAUUUGUUUCAAUAUACUUUAUAAACCUGUUACCACCUCUUGCGGUCAUAAUUUCUGCAAGUUCUGUAUUGAUCAGGCUAUUCAUUCUUCACCAAACUGUCCUCUAUGUCGAAUUCCCUUAUCAUCUCAGUACUCUCCCAACCUUCUUUUAACUCAAUUAAUCAAUGAGAGAUUCAAAGACGAGAUUCAAUCUAGGCACCCCUCAAAGAUAUCGUUUAAUGAAGUUCAAAAUUCAAUGCAAAAUUCACCUGAUUAUAACCCAGAUUUGAGUUACUUGCCAUUGUAUUACAGGAACUUCUACCAACCUCCGAUUUUUGUUCAAGAAAAUGCCACCAUUAAGAUUAGUAAUAUCAGCAUGUACCGUAUGUUACAGUACGCCUAUUCCAACAAUUCUUUGUUUAUUACUACUCGUCGCUAUUUCAAGAAACGUCCAGAGUAUGGGACAAUCGUAAGGAUCAAAUCCAACAAUAUCUAUGAAGGCGUUUCACAAAUUCCAAUCUUUCCUAUAUUUGUCGACGUUGUUGGCCUGCACAGGGUUAGACUCAAUCCCACCCUGUGUAAAACUGAAAUGAACUUUGAAAUUGCAUCUUACGAGAUUUUCAAUGAUAUUUCUUAUCUUCCUAAAAAAUCUGAAACUGAGCCUUCUCUCGAUGAGAAUUUAGAAACUGAGUCUGAGCCACUAAAAAUAAUAACAGAUAUUAAAGAGGCUGUUAAAACGAAGUCUAGGAGUUAUGAGCUAUUAUUGGAAGAUUUCCAAAAGGUUAAGAACCUCGACAAUCUGAAUCAUCAUGAAAAGUUGAGAUUCUGUUAUAUGUUACUAUUAAUUUCCAUGAAGAUUGUUAAAAGGCAAAUGAAAAACAUUCCACGUUCUCUUCAGAUAAAUUCAAGGGAUGAGUUCGGAAUCGAUAAUAUAGUAAUGGAUGAUCGCAAUUAUGAAUCUAUGGAGUUCCGAUCAUUAUUGAUUUCAAAAGUGCUUCUGGCUUCAAAUAGGAAGAAGUGGGAAUGGUUUUCAACGGAUGACACGCUUGAACGUCUAAUGAGUAUUACUGAGUUCAUACUAUAUUCAAGGGAUAAGAACAUCAUUGACCCAGAGCAAUCACAAUCAUCGUUUAGCUUCAUCUACUCAAUGGACCCUCUUAUCUCUGGACUUAUUUUCCUGGUCAUCCUCAUCCUUGCAGGAUGGUUGUACAGGAGUAUUUCACACAGGAGGUGAUCACGGUUUAUUGUCGAUUUGCAGUUCCGCGUGUACUACCGUAAUUACAUCCCUGGCUCCCGCACAAUUAAAUUUGUACACCAGCUUUACGCUGUCUAUACAGCACAUGUAAAUCCCAAUUUUAGAUAACUUGUCCCCUAAUCUCGUUUAUUUAAUUA